GAAAAAAAAACAACUUCCGGCUUUUCCUUUGCGUUUCUCUCGGGUUUUGUUGCUCAGAUCAUCGUUAUAUUGCGAUAGAGAAGUAGUCCGACUGGAAGAGCUUUCUUUCAACUUGCUGGAAGUCAUUUUAAUAGUUUUUUUUUUUUUUUUUGUGAGGUUUGUAAUUCGCUGGUCGAAUUAAUUAGCAAAGAAUCUUGCUUUGGCGGAGCGGCCUCCAGGUUGGGAAACAGCCGGAACAGGUCCAGGAAGACUCACCGGACCCCUCAUGGAUUACAUGGACAGUGGAAUGAGGUACCUCCCCAAGUCGGACAGUGACUGGGACCCUUCUGUCCAGUUCUUGCCAGCUUCAGAUAACAAAAAACUUGAGAAGAAAAAGGGUCCAAGUAAAAUCGGGGCUUUGUUUGGUGUAAUAAUCUUCGCUGCAGUGAUUGCUCUCAUGACCGGACUCCUGGUGUGGCAUUUUCACUACCGUAAAGAUGUGCGGGUCAAGAAGAUUUACACAGGUUCCCUGCACAUCACUAACCAGGUUUUUGAAAAUGCCUAUGAGAACUCCAACAGCACAGAGUUCCAAGCCCUGGCGAAGCAGGUGAUCUCGCAGCUUAAAGCAGUCUAUUCAAAGAGUCCAGCACUGGCCAAAUACUACAUUGGUUCUACAGUUCAGGCUUUCAGUGAAGGCAGCGUCAUUGCCUACUACCUCUCAGAGUUCAGUGUGCCAAAAGGGCAGGAAGCAUCGGUUGACAGUGCCAUCUUAUCCAUGGACAAGCUAGUGGAUAAAACACAACGCUCCUUCAGUAGAGCUGGCAGUGAUCUGGUCUUCGACGAUGUUGUAGCUUCAGCACUUGACACCCGCAUGCUGGCCACAUCAUUUCAUGGUGUCUACAGAUAUUCAUUACACACAAGCCCAAAUCUCAAAUCAUUGAUCAAGUCUGUUGGCUUCCCCGACGCGCCAUAUCCACCCAAUAGCUUUGCCACAUGGGAGUUACGAGCAGACCCUGGAUAUGUCCUCAAGCUUGAUUUUGAUACUGUGUUUCUGGAAGAGGAUUGCAAGAAUGACUUCAUAAAAAUUUAUGAUUCGCUGGCAGCCAUUGAGAGCCGCACUUUGGAAGAGAUUUGUGGCCACUACUCGCCUACUGAUCCACUGGGCUUCAUUUCGUCGGGAAAUGUCAUGCUUUUGACAAUGGCAACAAAUGAUGAGAACAACUACCCCGGUUUUAAAGCAGUUGUGUCACAGAUCCCACGUCAAGAACUGAAAUGUGGCGGCAAGCUGACUGGUAAAAAAGGCUCCUUCUCUUCUCCAAACUACCCAAACUACUAUCCACCUCGAACUACAUGCCAGUGGUCAAUUGAGGUCCCUGCUGGUAAAGUGGUGAAGGUGUCUUUCAAGAUUUUCCUGUUGUUUGAACCUGGGGACCAAAACCUUCCGAUCUGCAGCAAGGACUAUGUGGAGAUCAAACAUAAAAAACUAUGCGGAGAAAAGCCAGCUGACGCAGUGACAGAAACCAGCAAUAGCAACAAAUUAAGUGUGAAGUUUUAUUCUGACGACUCAUUUGUGGACCGAGGCUUUUUGGCCGAGUAUGAGGCUGUUGACCCUCAAGACUUUUGUCCAAAGCAGUUCCAGUGCGAUAAUGGCCUUUGCAAAAACUUGGAACUCAAGUGUGACGGCUGGAAUGACUGUGGUGACAUGAGUGAUGAGCUCAACUGUGAGUGUAAAUCAGAAGACAUUAAGUGUAAAAAUGGAUUGUGUAAACCCAUGAUGUGGAAAUGUGACGGCAUAGAUGACUGUGGGGAUGGCACAGAUGAGAAGGAUUGUGGUGGAUGUCCAUCUGGUGAGCUAACAUGCAACAACAACAAAUGUGUUUCUGAAAAGAAGCACUGUGAUGGCAAUAACGACUGCGGGGAUGGUUCCGAUGAACUCGGCUGUCAGAGUGAUUCUGACGUGAGCUGCACUGAUCUGACAUACAGAUGUCAGAACAAUAAGUGCAUCAGUAAAGUGAACCCAGAAUGUGAUGAGACAACAGACUGUAAAGAUGCUUCAGAUGAGAAGAACUGUGAUUGUGGGAAGAAUUUGAUCAAGACAUCACGUAUUGUAGGGGGUCAAAAUGCAGCUGAGGGAGAGUUUCCCUGGCAGGUUAGUCUUCAAGUCAGCGGGAAUCAUGUCUGCGGAGCAGCUCUCAUCAGCAACAUCUGGUUGUUAACUGCUGCCCAUUGUGUGCAAGACGUCCCCACCAUCAGAUAUUCACAGCCUAGCACCUGGAAAGUUUACCUCGGCCUUCAUACCCAGGGUGUUGCUGAAAACGUGGUGACAAGGAACCUGCAGCAGAUCAUACCUCACCCUAACUAUAACUCCUACACCUAUGACAAUGACAUUGCUCUCAUGAAACUGGACAGUCCUGUGGACAACACAGACUACAUCAGGCCCAUCUGCAUGCCGUCCCCUCAGCAUGUCUUUGAAACGGGUGAAAGCGUCUGGAUCACUGGCUGGGGUGCCCGUCGAGAAGGAGGAGGUGCUGCAACAACACUCCAAAAGGCCAAGGUCCGUAUUAUCAACAGCGAAACCUGUAACAAACUGAUGGGGGAUCAGAUUACAUCCCGGAUGCUGUGUGCUGGAGUACUAGAAGGUGGAAUUGAUGCUUGUCAGGGUGACUCUGGUGGUCCGCUCUCUGUUCCAUCGAUCAGUGGACGCAUGUUCCUGGGAGGACUGGUGAGUUGGGGUGAAGGCUGUGCCCAAAAAAACAAACCUGGAAUCUACACACGAAUCACCAAAUUCCGUGGCUGGAUCACCGAAAAGAUGGGCGUGUAAACAACCGGCACCAUGGACAUGGUCACGGACUCAUGACUAAUUGCUACCGCACACUUUGUUGCUUCAGGGAAACAUCAGUCCUGGUCUCGCUCAGGGCUUUGACCUCUCAUACUAGCCGGUGGACAACACAGUUUGUGUCCACAUUAAUUUGAACAGAUUUUGUUCGCUGUGAUUUUUAUGAGUGGGUAAUGGGUUUGAUGAAAUAUUUUAAAUUGUAUAGAAAUGUUUUGUAUGCAUGUCUAGCUGUUGCACCAGAAGCAGGCUUGAGGUGUGGUUGUUGCCUCUCUACACUGAAGAUAUGAACAGUUAAUGUCAUUUUGCGCUGGACUUCCAUCAGUGAUUGCUCACUAUGCUUCCUUGUUGUCUUUGUUAUGAAUAUUCUAAAACAAAACGGGAAGCUUGAUCUAUCUUACCUCCUAUGGUUUGGUACUUUAUGCAUUUAAAUAAUUUUAGUCCAGUAGAGAUCCUCAAAGUUCAUGUGGUUGCUGACUUUUAAAUGCAUGGGUUUGUUAAACAUUGAUGGCAUCUCAUUUUAAGACGUAAACAUCUUUCAUUUCUGUCGAAACACUGUGUGAAGUUUGUGUUUAGUUUGUUCUUCCAUAAAUGGUAUUGCAGUAUAGUCUCAUACACUGUACAAGAUAUUUGUGCAGUCUGCUGGUUUAAGUUGUUUUAAGUUGUAAAUGUGUGUUUCAUAGCAGAUGUUUUUAAAUAAAAUAUACAUACUAUAAAUCA